AUGAUCUGGAAACGGAUUGCGAACCCCGCGAAUGUCCUCAUGGCUGCUUGGCAAAAAGGCUGGGUUCGACUUUCCUGGCAGUUGGCCCUUUUAUUCAGCGGCCACAACAGUGUGAUGGAAGAUGACGAGUGUGUUCCGUGCGACGGAGUGUGUCCACGUCAGUGCAAAGCCGAUGAUGAGGUGAUCCACUCGGGGAAUGUGGGCGCAUUUGAGGGUUGCGAGAUGAUCGAGGGUUCCAUCAAGAUCAUGGACCAUUCUUUCACGGGGUUCCGACCACUGGGUAAGGAAGGGUCCACGUUUCUCGGCGAACCACAUCCGCCGAUGCACCCGGACCGACUCGAAGUUUUCUCGUCUCUCCGUCGCGUCACCGGUUUCAUCAGCAUCCAAGCGAAUCAUCCUGCUUUCAAGAACUUGUCCUACUUCAGGAACCUGGAGGAGAUCAAAGGCGUCGAUAUGACAGAAUUUUCGUCUGCUCUUUACAUCAUCAAAACUUCGUUGGAGUUCCUGGGUCUGCGAUCCCUGAAGACCAUAAUGGAAGGAGCUGUUUCGAUCCUGGAGAACGACAAGCUCUGCUUGGUGGAUUCCGUGGAUUGGUCACUCAUCAAGCGGUCGUCGUACAUGCCUCUGUUGAUGAACAACUCGAGUCCGGAAAAGUGCCGUCGGGCCGGGCUCGUGUGCCACAAGCAAUGCAGCGACGAGGGUUGCUGGGGCCCUGGGCCUGAUCAAUGCGUUUCCUGUCGGAAUUUCAAGUUCGAGCAGAGCUGCGUCGACGCCUGCAAUCCGAGAGACGGGUUGUACGAGGCAGACGGGAAGGUAUGCGCCAGGUGCCACUCGGAAUGCAAGCAGAUGUGCCGCGGCCCAGGCGCGGGCAACUGCACCGACUGUCUCCACGUCAAGGACGGGCCCUUCUGUGUCGCCCAGUGUCCAGGCACCAAAUACCAGCAGGGUGGCGUUUGCAAGGACUGUCACGCCAAUUGCGACGACGGCUGCGACGGGCCCGGCGCAUUCAUCGGGCCUCGCGGGUGCCAUUCUUGCAAACGGGGAAUCGCCGAUUUCUACAACAACGUCACGGUCGUGAAUUGUUUGCCGGAAGAAGCGCCGUGUCCCGCAGGCUACUUUUCAGAAUACGUCGGAGAAAAGGAGGAGAACAAAGCGUUGAAACCCAUGUCGGGGAAAUACGUGUGCAGGAAGUGCCAUGAACGGUGCAAACAGUGCACGGGUUACGGGUUCCACGUCAGCGUGUGUUCCGAGUGCACGUACGUGCGGAAAGGGGAACAGUGCGAGGUGGAAUGUCCACUCGAUUUCUUCGAGGAUAAGCCGCGGAAAGAAUGCGUGCCGUGUCAUUCCGAGUGCAGGAUGUGCCAUGGACCUCUGGCUUCCGAUUGUUCCUCCUGUCUUCAUUAUCGCCUGUAUCAGGAUCCUGAUUCCUUCGACUCUGCCAAGAAUACCACGAUGCCAUAUAAUUGCACAGCCACGUGCCCGGAAGACUUCCCACACAAAGUUUUCCCGAAGGACUCCAGCGACGCUUAUUGUGCCAGGGACAUGAGCUUACUUGGGUGCGUUUCCGGAUUUGAAGUACUUAUUUUCAUCGAGUGUCAUUAA